ACGUCACUGAAGUUAAAGCACACACUCUCGUCUAAUAUUGCUUUAUUCACCUUUAUAUACCGGGUGGUUGCUGGGGUUACCGCUUGCCACCUCUGGAACCUGAUUGGACACUCCAGGUGUCACUCAAUUUGAUUGACAGUUAACUGCCCGUCUUGUCAAAAGUGGCGCGAUUUUCGAAACGCAACCUAAGAAGGCAGAAUAAACGUCGAGAAGGAGCCACUCUGAGAGAAUACAUCGGUCUGAAGGACAGAUAACAAUGAAGAGGAAAGGAGAGAUAGAUCAGAUCAGCUUAGGAUCAGACACAAGGAGCCAGUCUACCACCACCAGCGGUGAUUUCGUGGCGGGGGGCUGUUGGCCCUCGUAGAAUGGACCCUGCACACGCCGGAGGGGACAUGUCACCUUUGUACGUGCCAAGAAAGAGAAAGUCUGCACAGUCACAGCCUAAAAGUGGAGUGCCGUGUCCAGUUGUUCAGCGAAUGCCGGAAAGAACCUGUGAUCUAAAUUCUGUCGGAUAUCCCAAGAAUGACGAGUCUCAAGCCCAGGAUGCUCUAAAGAUGAAGAGGACUUAUGGUAGAAAGAGGUAUGAGGACCUCCAGAGCGUUUCCAUAGGAACAGUAGAUUACCCAACCACCAGCUGCUCUGUGAUGUCAUCGGGUGGCCUGGCCAACGGGGCAGACCCAGGGUCCAUGGCGCCACCUACUGCACGGCUGCCUCCGAGACUGGUGGCGAAGGAUGUGUGGCCUCAAAGCCCAGAGGCCAGCAGGGAGCAGGCCCAGCCUCAGGACCAGAGCUGGACCUCCGGCAGGGACAGAGGCCCCGACACCUGGGCCCCAGGUAGAGACCGACCGCAGGAGCAGGUCUGGAGCUCUGGUAGAGACAGAGCGGGACACUCCAGUCAGGACCAGACGUGGAUUCCAGGCAGGGACAGGACGCACGCCGGGCCGGACCAGGCCUGGAUGACAGGCCGGGACCGAGGGCCUGAACAGGGCUGGGCAGCUGGUAGAGACAGAGGCCAGGAUCAGGCCUGGAACGCAGGCAGGGAUCCAGGCAGAGAUCGGGCCUCAGCAGGGCCGGAGCAGGCGUGGGGAACUGGCCGAAGCCAAGACCAAACCUGGAGCAACACGAGCCGGGACAGAGGGCAUGUCUGGAGACCCGACUUGAACAUGAAGAAAGUCCAGAGAGUUGAGAUGGAGCGCAGCCCGCCUGUUAAUAACUUACCACAGCCGCCAGAGGGCAGAGACUCUUGUUCAGAUGCAGCCAGUAUUGGUGAGGUCUCGACGGUCCAAUCCAACGAGGAGCAGAAACCCCUCGUCGCCUCCUCCAAGAAGGAGCCUCCUACCUACCCUCCAGGGAGUCAAGAGGAGCGUUGGCAGCUCCAGAUUGUGGCCAAAGGCAGAGUCACGUGUCCAAAAUGUAAAAGUGUGAGCAGGAAGACAGUGGAGGGGCUGAAGAAACACAUGGAGAACUGCAGACUGCAACCUUUCACCUGUCAACACUGUGGCAAGCAGCUGAAGUCUUCAACGGGGAUGAAGUAUCACAUCAUGGCUGACCACAGCCACCUGCCCUCAGCUGAAGACGCCAAGGACCUGGAUGACCGGGUCAUCAAAGACAAACUGCGUAAAAUCCUGAAGAGACUGGGCAAAUUAAAAUGCUCUAAAGAGGGCUGUACCGCUGCCUUCACCAGCAUCAUGGGCUACGUGUACCACAUGAAGAAGUGUGGGAAGGAGGAGUCCGAGCUGGAGAAGAUGCUGCUGAAUUGCUCUCACUGUGGGAAAACCUACAAGUCCAAGGCCGGUCUGGAGUACCACCUGAAAUCAGAGCACGCUCCUACGCCCCAGAAAAGCGAGGAAGACGAGGCGUUGAAGGCCCAGAGGGAAGCCAACCCGGAGAGGACGCCCAGCGGCCGGGUGCAGCGAGCGUCGGCCCAGGUGGCGAACUUCCACCUGGCUGAGAUCGCCAACAACGAGCUGCCGAAAGACUGGCCCAAGAGGAAGUUUCAGUCAGACCUGGUGCCAGACGACAAAAAGUUGAAAUACGCCCGACCAGGCCUGCCUGCCUUCAGCCAGGAGGUGCUGAGGAAGUGGAAGAAUGAGGUGAAGCUGCAGAGGAAAGUCCAGUGUCCCAACCAGGGUUGCGGCUGCACCUACACCAGCGUGUCCGGACUGAAGGCUCAUCUGGGACUCUGCACGAGGGGCGACUUCGAGGCUGGAAAAUACCGAUGUCUGAUCUGCAAUAAAGAGUUCAACUCUGAAAGUGGAGUGAAAUACCACAUCAACUCUGUCCAUUCACAGGACUGGUUCGUGACAAACAAAAAGGCCUCAAAGAAGUUUGAGAAGUUCCUCAAAAACCAACCCAAGGAGUUUGUCCGUAACAUGGACAAGCAGAUCGUGGAUCAGUACCACCAUAAUCACCUCCAGCAUCAUCAGCAGCAUCACCACCAACACCACCACCACCACCACCACCACCAUCAGCAGCAGCAGCAGCAUCAUCAUCAGUUCCAGCACCAAACCCUGCAGCACCCUCUGCAACCACUGCAUCACCUCCAGCACCAAACCCAGUUCCUCCAUUCAGAGCACCAGAACCUCCCCCCACAGGUGGACACACAGCUCCAGCAGCCGAUGCUCCACUACACCCCUUUAGAACCUCCGCCCGGGCCGACGUGGGUGGAUAUGGACCGGAGAGGAGCUAUGCUGAGUCCAGAGCAGGCUCCGAUCGAGAUGGAUUUGGCCGACGUAGAAAAACCCGCAGAGGACAACAGCGGGAUGGUGGAGGAGAAAAGGAGAGAGAGGGGGGAGAGAGGAGGAGAGAGGGGGAAGGCUGAUGGGAAACGGAAGGAUUGCUUUGCUUUCGGUGGAGGUGGAGGUGGAGGUGGAGGUGGUAGCGGCAGCAAUACCGGCAGCUCAUCCAGUGAAUCGGAGGUGGAGCAGCAGGACAGGCAGAGACAGAUCGACCAGUGGAACCUGAAAAGGCCGAGCAUCAUGGAGCCCCACCCGGACGCUGGGAAGCGACAGAGGAACACUUAAAAAGACCCGAAAAAACGUCGUGCAUCACCUGUCGAGGUGAUUUUAACAGAGGUAGAGAAAGAUAACGCAGAGUGUCCGUCCGUACUUUAUUAGCCGCGACCAAGAAGAACAGAGACAGGUGAGCAGGCAGCUGAUCGCAGAGCUACACCUUGUGAUUUUCAACGAAGAGAAAGGCGACGAUGCGUACGUCGAAAGAAGUUCACUGUGUCGGCGCGGACACGAGACGACACACGCUUCAGAUUUAGAGUGUCUGUCUUGAAAUGGUUGUCGUUGUAUAGCCUUGAGAAAUGUAGUGUACCGUUUAUCUGUGUUUCUCUGUGACAUCCUUCCCACCAACUUUGAAUGUGUCUUAUUCCUUUCAAACGUUUGACAAAUUCAUGUUUUAACUUUAAGAGAGGAUGCCGCAGCGUGAUAUUCUGUUAGACUCGUGCGGUCUCUCUCUGAAAAGAUUUUGUGCCUCUAAAGUAUGAUCUGUAUAACUUCAUACGACUUCCCAUCACUUCCACUCACCGCUGAUUGGGCUAAAAUAAUGUCGGAUGUUUGACUUUUUCUGGUGACGUUCAAGAGGAAAGUUCUCCCUUCCUGCACUGUGCGGUUUGGACGACGUUUCAUGAAUGCGGCUUGGUUUAUGGUUAGCGUCGAGCUGCGAUGCCUCGAGCCAUGUCUGCUGGCAGCUUGUGGUAACAUGAGAGGAUCCGUGUGGUGGAACAGGCGAAUCACAUUUGAGCAGUUAAAGUGAAGUUUUCAGGAACUCACGCUUAAAUUUCUGAAAUGAGAAGCUCCGUAUCACUCUCGUGAAGUUCAGAACAGUUCGUCCAUCCCACCAGUCUUCGUCUUCGGCUGGUUGGCAGCCUCACUGUGAUUUUUUUCCAAGAAAUAAUUACAGCUUGUAACAACUCGAAUCGUUGUCACAUUCCUGCUGAUGUAGGGCUGAACAAACGAGAUAACAACAUGUUAAUUAGUAACCGUUUCCCCCUCCUUCCAAUCUUUAUGCUAAACUAAGAUAAUUGCCUCCAGGCUACAUCUCCGAACUCCGAGUGGUAUCGAUCUUCUUGUCUUAAAUCUUGGAAAUAAAGUAAAUAAAUCACUUGGAAUAUUUCCUUUUAGUAAAGUAGCAUCGUGUUGGCCUACCUCGUGAUAUUGUACUCUUGAUGCUCACAACACCCAGUUUACAAGAAACGUAAGAGAAGAAAAUAUAAAUGUAAAAAAUGUUCUUGCAGAUUAAAAUUGACUCCACUGCAGAUUGCAGUAUUCUUUCAUUUCAGUUUAAAAGUCUAAUCUCGCCUCUUGCUUCUCAGUCUUCCUCAGUGGAUGGAGGUUAACCAGUCGUCACACGAAGUAUAACGUGUCGAGGAAUCCCCACGUUUAAAAGCUCUUUAGUUUUAUCAGAUUUAAUCAUUCCAUACAGGAGUAAAGCACAGAAAUACGACGACUAACGUGACCGUCAACACAUUGUUGAGGAAAUUAACGUACUGCUGAUGGCGUCGACACAAGUGAAGGGAAGCUAACACACCGAGCGUCUAACGUUCUCAUUCUUCUGUUCGUUCUCCGGCGACAGACGUGUUUCUGUGCGUCUGUCUCACGGAAUAUUUAACCGAUAGCAUGUAGCAUAAUGUUUAUGUACUCUGCAUUUUGUAUCUACUAUAGUGACACGUGGUUAUGGAUGGUUUGUCCGUCAUUUGUUUGUGAUGUUUUAACACUAUUUUGUAUAUUUUUUUAUGACUCUGUUGCAUUUAUAAAUGUAUUUGGUUAUUGUUUUUCCCGCCCCGCGCUGUCGUGGACUCUAAGAUAUAAGGAGAGUUGAUUUAUCAUGGGUCAGAGAGGAGAUCCCUUUAAAUCUGUUGGUCUUUAACAAACUGUGUAACUGUGUAACUUUGACAAGCUGAUUCUGUUUGAAGUGCUUUACCCUUCAUGGCCCUCCAUCAGAUGCCUUUUGAAAAGAGCAGCCUCUGUUUGUUUUUUUUUAAGUUUGAAAUAGAAAAAACCUCCUCGCACAUGGGAAGUAUUUCAAAAAGCAGGAACUCAAGUCCCUCUGAACUGAGCUUGAAGCGUCAGUCGUGCUCAGUUGAAUGUGUUAAAGCCAUAUUCAGCCAUUCUCUGAGUCUAUUUUUGUUAUUUUAUUUUCACCUUUAUUUAAGUUUCGAUAGGUUGCAACCACCGAUCUGUGGCUCUGGCCGUCACCGCGUUGGUAGUCCUGCUUCUUCCGCCUCCCGAAUAAUCUAAAAAUCAGAAAAGAUGUUGAUCAUUUGCGUACCUAAGGCGCCUGGUUGCUCAAACAAGCCACCUGUAACAGCUCCCACCUGUCAAUCAAAGCGUCCACGCUCUUAAUCCUGCAUAACUUUAAGCCUUAAUAUAAUGUGAACA